AUGACGGACUCGAGACGAGAUGAAUCCGUAUCGCCAAUGACAAGAAGCCCUCGCGCAACCUCGCCUUCUACUACGGGCCAGCCAGACUCUCUUGCCGCCCCGCCUCCUCCACCAAAAGACGCUCCUCCUGCUCCUCCGAAGGACGUUUCCACGCCCAGAAAUCCUUCCCAUAUCCCGAUCGACGCCGGGAUCGAAGCAAGAGACUAUAUCAACGGAGGAGCCCCCCACGACAGCGUAUCGCCUAUCCAAAAUGGCAAGCGACCGGCACUACCCACUCUCAACUCGGCAGACAGCGCGUGUCAAGGCCCAGGAGGUCUCCCGCGGAUGCCCGAAGAUGUAACAUACUCUCCCGAGCCAGCCUCGCCGACUGAUCGUCGAAGCGUACAAUUUGCUCGGACGGACACAGUCUUGGAGGCACCAACCAGCCAUUCACGACAACCGUCAGGUGAAGAUGGUGGGGGGAAGUCGAUUGGUUCGGCCUUUAUGACCAAGUUGAAGCAGCUCACUGGGUCAGGUAGCUUGCAAACCCUCAAGACAAGCAGCUCGGGCAACUUGAACGACAAUGGCACGCCGCCGUCGAUGGGAAACUCUCCAACCACCGGGCAGUUUAGGUCUAGGAUACCCCACACACUUGAGGAGGAUGGAGGCAGCGAUGCGGACGCAGACGUUGAAGAGACUGCGGAUGAAGGUGCCGCAUCGGAUGCCGCUAAGCCUAAGAAAAAGAGAAGAAUGCGUCGUUCGAAGAAGCCGCCGACGUCCGUUCCAGGUACGCCAAACUUGCGGCAUCUCCCCGGCCCCGAUUCGCCUGUCGGACAUGGUCGCAUGGGUUUGCGAAGGCGCCUGAGUAUGCCCGACCACCACCCUGAACAACAACAUGGCAUGUCAGAGGGCGAGGGACGAGAUCAGCUUGCCGGACCCUCAUGGAUACGUUCACACCGCGCGCGCGAUGGCGACGGCAACGAAAGCCCCGGCGGCAGAAGGAUGGGUCACAUGCGCCGCAUCACCGUGCUCGGGGGAGGUGGCGUUUCUGACGGCGAUGCUAUAACUCCUAGGAGACCAUUCUUUGGCGGCGAAAGGCCAUCGACGUGGAAGUAUGUCAAGAACACCUUGAAGCUUCUUAGGCAGAAGAAGGAAGACCGGUUUGAUUUUGCCAAGUCAGCCGAACUCAUGGCAGAAUUGCGUGCCGGGGCCCCUGCUGUUCUUAUGCUGGCCAGCAUGAUCCAGAGAGAUGAGCACGGCAACAAGCGGAUUCCAGUCCUCCUCGAACAGGUCCGUUUGCGUAUAACCGACAGUCAGCCCGAAUCCGACGACGAUAGCGAACGACACUGGGUCUUCACGAUGGACCUCGAGUAUGGCAGCGGUCCAAGCCGGAUGAAAUGGACCAUCAUCAGAACGCUCAAGGAUAUCUACAACCUGCAUGUGCGAUACAAACUUGCGAUGAGCAACGAUAAGUACUUGCAUGGUCGCGCCGAUGUGGGAGCCCGACCUAAAAUGCCCAAAUUCCCUUGGGGCGCCUUCCCCUAUCUCCGCAGUGCCCGCAACAAGGACGACAGCGAUGAGGAGGACGGCGCAAGCCUCAGGGGCGACGACCUCGGCGAAGCAACUGCCGGCGAAGCCACGGCCGCCGAGGGUACUGCUGGAGAGGGCACUGCAAGCGAGUGGGAGGGCGGACGCGCUGGUCCAGGUGUUAGGAAGAAGUCCCGCCUUGGCAUGCUCGGUAUGCGUAGGAAGUCCACUGGUUUUACUGAGCCCGGCGAAUCUGGGACAGAGAACCAAGCCGACCUCGUUCAGUCACGUAAACGGUACUUUGAACGACAAAGAAGGGUGUUGGAAAAGUACCUGCAGGAUAUGAUCCGGUGGUUGAUGUUCCGCGCAGACAGCAACCGCCUCUGCAAAUUCUUGGAGCUGUCUGCGUUGGGUGUGCGUUUGGCCGCCGAAGGCAGCUAUCACGGCAAAGAGUGCUAUCUGCACAUCCAGUCCUCCAAAGGCAUGGACUUCCGCCGGGUCUUGACACCAAAGAAGGUCAUCGCCCGGCACAGUCGCAAGUGGUUCCUCGUGCGGUCUAGUUACAUUGUCUGUGUCGAAUCACCUGAGAAGAUGAGCGUUUACGAUGUCUACCUUGUGGACUCCAAGUUUCGGAUUGUUUCCAAGAAAAGCACAUUGAAACAGUUGUCCAAGGGCAAGACCAAGAAGGAUGAGAAGGAGAUCGACCUGACAGAAGAGGCCGACGUGGAGAAGCAUCACACUUUGACACUCCAUACUGCCGAACGGAAGGUCAAGCUGUUCUCAAGAAACCAGCACAUCAUGAAACAGUUUGAGGACUCGAUCGCCGAGAUGCUCAAGCAGACUAAGUGGCAUGACAUCAACCGCUUCGACAGCUUCGCCCCCAUUCGGACAGGCGUCUUCGCGCAAUGGCUUGUGGACGGCAGAGACUACAUGUGGAAUGUGUCCCGCGCAAUCAGCAUGGCUCGCGAUGUCAUCUACAUUCACGACUGGUGGCUUAGCCCUGAGCUUUACAUGCGGCGUCCAGCGGCUAUCAGCCAGAAGUGGCGCCUGGACCGUCUCUUGCAGCGUAAGGCCCGGGAGGGUGUCAAGAUCUUCGUCAUCGUCUACCGUAAUGUCGAGGCGGCCAUACCCAUAGACUCGGAGUAUACUAAGUACUCCCUCCUGAACCUUCACCCAAACAUCUUUGUGCAGCGAUCUCCGAACCAGUUCAAAAAGAACCAGUUCUUCUUUGCCCACCACGAGAAGCUUGUUAUUGUCGACCAUGACGUAGCCUUUGUCGGCGGGAUUGACUUGUGCUUUGGUCGUUGGGACUGUCCGCAGCAUCCAAUCACCGACGACAAGCCAACAGGUUUCGAGCAUAGUGAGCAACCAAAGGAUGCCGAGCAUUGUCAACUCUUCCCCGGAAAGGAUUACUCCAACCCUCGAGUUCAGGAUUUCUUCAAGCUUGAUGAGCCGUACGAAGAGAUGUACGACAGAAGCAAGGUUCCCAGAAUGCCGUGGCAUGAUAUUGCUAUGCAGGUUGUGGGCCAACCGGCCAGAGAUCUGACAAGACACUUUGUUCAGCGAUGGAACUACGUCAAGAGAGGAAGGAAGACAACACGCCCCUUGCCAUUCCUGCUUCCGCCCCCUGACGUCAAGAUGCCCGAACUUGAUGCUCUUGGUCUGACUGGCACUUGUGAGGUACAGAUUCUGAGAUCAUCGGCUAACUGGUCUCUCGGAAUCGAGCACACGGAAUGCAGCAUUCAGAAUGCCUAUGUCAAAAUGAUUGAAGACUCGGACCACUUUGUCUACAUCGAAAACCAGUUCUUCAUCACGAGCACUGAGGCUUUUAACACAAAGAUCGUCAACCGCAUUGGUGAUGCACUGGUCGACCGGAUCAUCAGGGCACACGAGAACGAUGAAGACUGGAAAGCAUGCAUAAUCAUACCACUCAUGCCCGGCUUCCAGAACACCGUCGAUGAGCAGGAAGGUACCAGUGUACGACUGAUUCUUCAGUGCCAAUACCGCAGCAUCUGUCGCGGAGACGGUUCCAUCUUCUCACACCUUCGCGCUGCUGGCAUCGAGCCCGAGGACUACAUCCAGUUCUAUAGUCUGCGGCAAUGGGGCAAGAUCGGUGCCCGUAAUGCCCUUGUCACCGAGCAGCUCUACAUCCACGCCAAGUGUAUCAUUGUAGAUGAUCGGGCGGCGCUGAUUGGCUCCGCCAAUAUCAACGAAAGAUCAAUGCUCGGAAACCGUGACUCUGAGCUCGCUGCUGUUGUUCGCGACACCGACAUGAUUUGGUCCACAAUGGCUGGUAGGCCUUAUCGCGUCGGUCGCUUCGCACAUACUCUGCGGCUCCGCCUGAUGCGUGAACAUCUGGGACUGGAUGUGGAUGAGAUCUUGGAGGAGGAGAGACAGGCUGACUUGGAUCGUCAAGCUGAAUACGAGGCAGAGAUGAAUCAGAUCUACACAGACGAUGCCGAGUCGUCUCCUGUUGCUGGCUCAAGCGGGCAGCAUACAGACGAAAAGCUCACCAAGCCAGCGAUGCCAAGCCAGGCUCCGAGCUUCAAUCACGAUGCCGUUGUAGAGCCUGAUGAGGCGGCGGAUGAGGCAUCGUCCGUGUCUUCGUUAUCUAAAGGUAAAGAGCGCGAUGACCGCGUGACCGGAAACGAAGCCCACAUUAUGGACAUUGCCGGGUACGGAAAGGACCAUUGGAAGGAUGCUGCUCAACUUGGUCUCGACCAAGGACGAGAUUCUAUCAUCGUCAAUGGCAGAGAGGUCCUUAUUCGUGAUGUGUUUCCGGAAGGAAAGGGCACUUUGGAGUCGCCAAUGCAGCCACACGAGCGCAAACCGUCAGCCGAUCACCAUACGGAGGAAGAAGGGGGUGUUAGUAAUGACGCUUUACCGCCCGUUCCGGCACUCAACAGACGGACUACCGACCAGCUUGGUCUGCCUCGGACCGCAGGGCUGCCCACUUUGCCUGUUGUGGACGACACGGAUAUUGGCGGCCCUCCUGUUCACUUGGAUCAGAGCGGCCAGCCAACCAACGGGCCGUUGCAUCCUCUGGCUGCCGAUAUCAGGCCCGCACAUAUCGAUAAGGACUGCAUGCGCGACCCGAUCAACUCCUCCUUCUUCGAUGAUAUCUGGAAUAGAGUAGCGGAAAACAACACUAAGCUGUACCGUCGCGUCUUCCGAUGCAUGCCUGAUUCGGAAGUACUUACGUGGCCCGACUACCGAGAGGCUGUAUCCUAUUCGGAGCGAUUCAGAGAGAGCAUGGAAGGGAAGACGAAGACCGACGAUGGGGAACCCAGCCUGAACCGUCACCAAUCCCCCGUUGCGGGCGGAGGUUCUGGCAUUGGGGCGCCUGGCCCUAGUGCCAUUGCUAACGGCGCCACCGAGAAGGCGGAGGAGAAACUUCACAUCAAGACCAAUCACUCGAACCAUCCUCGGAUUGUCAUCCCCAGAGACGACGAUGAGUUGAAUGAGAAGAAUGAACAACCCGGUUCGAGAGCUGGGCCCAACACGGACGCAGAGAGGGCGACUACUUCUCCCCGUCCAUCAGAUGCUCCGUCGCCUGUUCUCCCCGCUGGGGACGUUCCGUUCCCUGCAUUUGAGACAGGCCCUACUGCAGAUGCCAGCAUGCUUGAACCAGCGCGGGACAAGAGUAGGGAACGACGGACAACAUUCUCUCCUCUGGAGAAGGUGCCUUCCAGAGACGUGAGCAUCUCAGCUCAGCAAACUCAAGGAUCGGUUAGACGCCGCCGAAGGGCCACUACUAAGGGCAGCCGACGCGGCAUGCCGCCUGAAGAGGUGCUGGGGAGAGGUGAAGCGGAGGAGCUACUCAGCAUGAUCCAGGGACACGUCGUCAACUUUCCCUACGACUGGUUACUCACUGAAGAGCAAAACGGUAACUGGGGUUUCCAGGUGGAUGGUGUUGCUCCCCUGCAAAUCUAG